AUGUCGUCUGAUCUCAGUUCCUACCGUGACCAGCAUUUCAAAGGGUCUCGGUCCGAGCAAGAGCGACUUCUGCGUCAGAGUACGACGCUCUACAUCGGUAACAUGUCAUUCUACACAACGGAGGAACAGAUCUACGAACUUUUCUCCAAGUGUGGCGAUGUGAAAAAGGUCAUAAUGGGACUCGACCGUUACAGGAAGACACCUUGUGGCUUCUGUUUUGUGGAAUACUAUAACCGCGACGAUGGUGAGAACGCUAUAAGAUACAUCAACGGCACGAAACUCGACGACCGCAUCAUCAGAACGGAUUGGGAUGCAGGUUUUAUAGAAGGACGUCAGUACGGCCGCGGUAAAAGUGGCGGUCAAGUUCGUGACGAAUACCGUACAGACUACGAUAGUGGCAGAGGCGGUUAUGGAAAACUGAUGGCCCAACGCGUUGUGCCACCGGGAGCAGCCGCUGUUUAA